GUGAUCUUUAUCAUUGGCUUCCUUGGCAACGCGAUUUUCGUACCGUGGAUGAAAUUCUCAGCACAAAAUCUGUCAUUAAAUUAGUGUCAUUGAAGUUUUCUGUGAUUCAUUCAUUAAAUCUAAGAAUUUAAAUUCCAUUUUCACGUUCAAUCCGCGUGUGGAAAUUAUUGUUUGUGUAUUCACGCCGAAAUGUGAUGUCGUGAGUGUGCACGCACGGACGAUCGCCGGCGCGCGAAUGAGGUGGUAGAACUUGAGUGUAGAGAUUGUCAUUGAAAUACGAAAUCCAUUUUAUUCCUCGUGAUAUCUCAAAAGGCUUGCAAAUUUUCAAACAUUUUCCUUGAAGAUCUGAAGGGGAAAAUAACGUAUUCUGAAAUUGAUGAAAUGAACCACUAGUUCCUACAAAAUCGUAGUGUACUGACUGUUGGACGACGUUUUAAAGAUAUAAAUAUGGCUCUCACACUUGUCAGUUUGAAGUGGUUAGCAGGCAAGGAGUUCACUGGGCGGCCGCCAUCACCCAGGCAAGGGCAUGCGAUCACCGUCAUUGAUAAUGCUGCCUACAUCUUUGGUGGAACUCGUUGUGUGGAGGAACCGGAAAGGGGGAUCUUCUACUUCAGAGAUUUACACAAACUUCACAUUGGCAAAAUCUUGAGAUGGGAGAAGAUUAGAUAUGCAGGCGAUGCUCCGUCAGGUCGACAUGAUCAUGCAUUAUGUGCUAUCGACAACACAUUGUAUGUGUUUGGAGGCAGAAAUGAGUUGAACGCAGAAGAAAGUUUACCUGGCGUCUACGCAUUCAAUACAAAGUCGCGCGAUUGGAAGCACGUACAGACACACGGGGUCGAGCCAAGGUCAUUGAACCCUGGUUGGGCAGUCAUAGAGAAAAGGAUCUUUGUGAUUGGUGGAAUCUAUAAAGGCGAGGCGCAUUGCGACGUGGAUGUCUUAGAUACAGAGUCACACACAUGGACUAAACUGACCAUCUCUGGUCUGCCACCGGCACCAAGAUGUGAUCAUAGACUGGUGCCUGUUGGUCACAAAAUCUACCUGUUUGGUGGAUGCGGGGAAAACAAAUGCUUCAAUGAUCUCCAUGUGUUCGACACAGAAUCUUUGCAGUGGUCCUCCCCACCGGUGAGGGGGGACCCACCCCCACCCAGGGGAUGUCACAGUCUGACCCUCCAUGCAGACAAGGAUAUCUAUGUCUUUGGAGGAUCCAACGAUGGCUUGAAAGGAAAGACAACUCUAGGUGACCUCCACAAAUUGAGCCUUGCCAAGAUGAAAUGGAAACGGCCGUUCUACUCUGGCAAUCCUCCGUGCAGACGCUUCGGUCAUGUGGCUUGCACAUAUCUCAAUCAUCUGUAUAUCUUUGGAGGCACCAAUGAGGAGAUGGACUACAAUGAUGUCAAGGCAGCCAAGCUGAUCAAUCCGUCCAAUCGCAAACCCUUGAAAGUUUCACCAGAGGUCCUGCACAACAUACUGUACAGCAAAGCCGACCAAAGCGAAGGAACAUCAUCUCCAUCGUUACCUCUGCAUGAAAGCAUGCUCAGCUCAGCCACAGAUCACGAACAAGAUGACUCCGAUGCCUCAGAUGCUUCAUCUAGUUCCGCAUCUUCUUCUGACUCCAAUAGGAGCGACAGCAGUGAUGAAGACUUGAGUGACUCCUAAUAACUUUCCAAGGCCAAAGAGUAUUCCUCUCACAUCAACCAUUGACCCUUUGCACGGCCUAUAUCCAGCACGAUGAUCAGUAACAACACAAAAUGCGACAUACGCCAUUUUGUUCCCUUUUAGAAUCGGCUGCCGCCUGGCUGCCCAUAGUCAAUUUUGACAGCUGUUUAAUAGACACAACCUAAGAAUGCAGUAAAGCAAACAAAAAUGAAGUUUAGAACCAGCUGUCAUACUGUUUUCAUUCUGGAAAGUUUUAUAAAAGGCAUGCAACUGGGAAUUAAAAAAAA